AUGCCGAUGAAUCUCUGUCGAACACCCUCAAACCCUAACCCUAACCCUAACCCUAACCCUAGCCCAACUACGAAUCUUGCUAUAAUCCCCAUCGAUGGCGUUGCUCGUCGUUCUUCGCCAAUUCGAUCCCCUCCUUCGCUCCCAAUCGUCAGAAUGACGACAGGUUCUCUGUCGAAGUUGGAUUCGGGAUCAUGUUGUUCCAUUUGUAUGGAGGAAUUCGCAGUGAAUCAAGAGAUGAACCACUUGCCCUGCAACCACUUCUUCCAUCGUCACUGCAUUGCUUCUUGGCUUAAGAGAAGCAAGACUUGUCCUCUUUGUCGCUGCAAGGUGUCGUUGGGCAAACCAAAUCGGGCAAAUCUCGGCCACGGCAGUCAGUUGCGUCGUGGGCUACUUGGAAGGGGCUUUUGGGUGAUUCAAUUGCCUUUUUCUUUCCCGUCCAUGGCUCCGUCUCGGGUUAAUGGGAAUGAUCAUCCUCAUGUACGUAAUAGGAGGAGGGGAGUUCAUAAUAGGGCUUUGAACUUCAACGCGAACGUGAACGUGAACGUGAACGUGAAUGUGGAUGCGAACGUGAAUGUGAACGGGAAUGUGAAUGUUGAUGUGGAUGUGGAUGCGACCGUCAACGCCUAUGUGAUGGUUGAUGCGGAUGGUGACACCGUCAUGCUUGAUGUUUGA